AUGAUUCUGGCAGUGGUGUUCCUGUGUCUCACAACUGUGCUGUCUCCAUCCACUGGACAGGAACCUAAGGGUUUGGAUGCUCUGUCCACUCUCAGAGAAGAUCAGCAAAAGCUCAUUGUUGACACACACAAUGCCUUCAGGAGAGCAGUAAAGCCAGCUGCCAGCAACAUGAUGAAGAUGGAAUGGAGCCCUUCAGCUGCAAAGAAUGCCCAAAACUGGGCCAACCAAUGUACCUUACGUCACAGUCCUGCUAAUCUGCGGACAACCAAUGUGCGAUGUGGUGAAAAUCUCUUUAUGUCAUCUGGGCCUAGCCCAUGGUCACAUGCUAUGCAGGUCUGGCACAACGAGGUGAAAGAUUUUGAAUAUGGAACUGGAGAAAAAACACCACGCGCUGUGAUUGGCCACUACACUCAGAUGGUCUGGCACAGUUCUCAUGAAAUUGGAUGUGGUGUCGCUUUGUGUCCCAACAGUAGAUACAAAUACUUUUAUGUCUGCCACUACUGCCCCCAGGGGAACAUAAUAAGUUCAAUUCCAAAACCCUACAAAGCUGGAGAACCCUGUGGUGACUGCCCUAAUGCUUGUGAGGACGGAUUAUGCACCAAUCCUUGCAAGCAUCAAGACUUUUUUGCAAACUGCAGAAAUCUGAAAAUGCUGUUUGGCUGUAACCAUUCACUGGUGAAGGAGAAGUGCCGCGCCAGCUGUAAAUGCACCACUCAAAUCGUAUAA